AUGUCUGACAACGGAGAACUGGAAGACAAGCCACCAGCUCCUCCCGUCCGGAUGAGCAGUACUAUCUUCAGUUCAGGGGGCAAAGACCAGUUGUCUGCCAACCACAGCUUGAAACCCCUGCCCUCUGUACCAGAAGAGAGAAAACCUAGGAAUAAAAUCAUCUCCAUAUUCUCUAGCACUGAAAAAGGAAGCAAGAAGAAGGAAAAGGAAAGGCCAGAAAUCUCCCCACCAUCAGAUUUUGAGCAUACCAUCCAUGUUGGCUUUGAUGCUGUUACUGGAGAGUUCACUGUAAGUAUACUUGCCUUGAAGUUUCUCAGAAAACAGCCGUGGGUCAGUGCUGUAGUGAAGCCACUGGUGGGAAUGCCAGAGCAAUGGGCUCGGUUGCUUCAGACCUCAAAUAUCACAAAGCUAGAACAGAAGAAAAACCCCCAGGCGGUACUAGAUGUGCUGAAAUUCUACGACUCCAAAGACACAGCAAAACAGAAGUAUCUGAGUUUUUCUGCUCCAGGGAACAGAAAUAUCCAUUUCAUCCUGAUUUCACAUCCCAGUAAUACCAAUGCCAAAGGUUCAGAGCCAUCAACAGCUGUGGUAGAUGAUGAUGAGGAUGAUGAAGAAGCUCCUCCUCCUGUUAUUGCUCCACGGCCAGAUCACACAAAAUCGAUUUAUACACGGUCUGUGAUUGACCCCAUCCCUGCACCAGCCAGUGACACUUCUGUUGACAGUGCGACGAAAUCAGGUGAUAAGCAGAAAAAGAAGACCAAAAUGUCGGAUGAAGAGAUCAUGGAAAAACUACGUAGCGGGAUAGAGGGAGAUCCCAAGAAAAAAUACACCAGAUAUGAAAAAAUCGGGCAGGGGGCUUCAGGUACAGUUUUCACAGCUAUUGAUGUGGCAACAGGGCAGGAGGUUGCUAUUAAACAGAUAAACCUGCAGAAACAGCCCAAGAAGGAGUUGAUUAUUAAUGAGAUCUUGGUAAUGAAGGAACUAAAGAACCCCAACAUAGUCAACUUCCUGGACAGUUACCUCGUAGGAGAUGAAUUGUUUGUCGUGAUGGAGUAUCUAGCUGGAGGGUCACUAACAGAUGUGGUCACGGAAACAUGUAUGGAUGAAGCGCAGAUUGCUGCUGUUUGCAGAGAGUGCUUGCAAGCGCUUGAGUUCUUACAUGCCAACCAGGUCAUCCACAGAGACAUUAAGAGUGACAACGUGCUGUUAGGAAUGGAUGGAUCAGUUAAACUAACCGACUUUGGUUUCUGUGCUCAGAUCACCCCAGAGCAGAGCAAGCGCAGCACUAUGGUUGGAACUCCUUACUGGAUGGCUCCCGAAGUGGUCACACGGAAAGCAUACGGCCCUAAAGUGGAUAUCUGGUCUCUGGGCAUCAUGGCUAUUGAGAUGGUGGAAGGAGAACCCCCGUACCUCAAUGAAAACCCCCUGAGGGCUUUAUAUUUGAUAGCAACUAAUGGCACACCAGAGCUGCAGAACCCCGAGAAACUGUCCCCAAUAUUCCGGGAUUUCUUGAACCGAUGUUUGGAGAUGGAUGUAGAGAAAAGAGGAUCAGCCAAAGAACUGCUACAGCAUCCCUUCUUGAAACUGGCCAAACCUCUGUCUAGCUUGACGCCACUGAUCUUGGCAGCCAAAGAAGCAAUGAAGAGUAACCGCUAACAUUACUGCCACAGCCUUCAUAC